AUGUCCGAAGAGGAGGAGGGGAAAGAUCGAGGAUUCGCCACUGGCAGUAAUCCUCCUAACGAACAGCCGCCUUCGCAGGUGUACUACGGUACUUUCCAGGGAGUGGGUAAUUAUCCUCCUCAGUCGACUAUCGAUUUCCCUAAACCAUUUCCGCCUCCAGGAACCUUUCCGCCACCACCGCCGUACUAUGAUUAUGGUGUUCAGGCAUUUCCAGUGAUUACAGAACCUUUUGAAACAUAUGCUGAAAAUGUUGAUCCUUCUCCAAUCCCAGGACACCCAGUGAAGAGACGCCUUCCUUGCUGUGGCAUUGGAAUGGGAUGGUUCUUGUUCAUAGUUGGCUUCUUCCUUUUUGGAAUCCCCUGGUAUCUUGGAGCAAUUUUUAUACUUUGCAGCAGGAGAAUUGACUACAGAGAGAAGCCAGGAUAUGUUUCAUGUACUAUCGCUGCUGUUCUUGUAACCAUGGCUAUCAUUUUUGGCGCGACAUCACAUCACUGGAAUUGGGAUUGAUUCUCGAGGAGGGGAGGGGUGGAAAAGUAUUGGAUUCCACUCUAAUAUAGACGUGCAC